AUCAAAUCUAAAUCCACGGAUCAGGGACGUGAACCUGAUCCGCUCUCUCCUUCCUAAAAUACAUCUAUGGUUGCAAGUUCAAGUUUUGGGAGAGAGACAGAGACAAUGGCUAAUAAAGAACCAAUUUAACACUGUCUCUCUACUUUGCACACAAUCUUUCUGAUGAUUUUCCACUAUCGGUUACUUGCAGUGAUGGAUUUCUUAUCUGGAAUAGUGAGUUCUGCAAUGGUUUCAUUCUUCCUUGUUCUCAUAUGCUUCUGUGUUCUGCUACUGAAAACCUUCAUGGGUAAAUCACUGAAUCAUCCUCAGUACCCUCCUGUAAUGGGUACUGUCUUCCACGAGCUACUCUAUUUCAACUGUCUCUACGAUUACCACACCGAUCUGGCCCGCAAGCAUCGAACCUUCCGUCUUCUCGCUCCCUCCAACAAUGAGCUUUUCACUACAGACCCUCGAAAUGUUGAACACAUACUCAAAACCAAUUUUGAUAAAUACAGCAAGGGAUCCCACGACCAUGAAAUCUUAGAAGAUCUCUUAGGUCAUGGUAUCUUUAAUGUUGAUGGUGAUAAAUGGCGUCAACAGAGGAAGAUUGCAAGUUUCGAGUUCUCUACCAGAGUCCUCAGGGAUUUCAGCUGCUCUGUGUUCAGAAGGAAAGCUGCUAAAUUGGCUGAGACCAUUAUGGGGUUUGGAGCUAUGAAUCAGACAUUUGACAUCCAAGACUUGUUAAUGAGAUUCUCUCUGGAAUCCAUAUUCAAAGUUGGGUUUGGGGUGGACCUGAAUUGCUUGGGGGGUUCAAGCGAAGAGGGGAGAGCAUUCAUCAAGGCUUUCGAUGAUUCAAAUCAACUAGUAUUCUUUCGCUAUGUCAAUCCCUUUUGGAAGCUGAAGAGGAUUCUUAGAUUGGGAUCUGAAGGUGUUCUUAAGAAGAACAUAAAGUUCAUGGAUGAUUUUGUGCUUGGAGUAAUCAGCCACAAGAGGAAACAGAUGCUUGAGAAACAAAACUAUAAUGACAAGGAGGACAUACUUUCAAGGUUUCUGGUGGAGAGCAAGAAAGACCCACAGAGGAUGACAGAUCAGUAUCUCAAGGACAUAAUUCUGAAUUUCAUGGUUGCUGGAAAAGAUACAAGCGCAGGAACACUCUCCUGGUUCUUCUACCUGCUCUGCAAGCACCCUCUGAUACAAGAAAAAGUUGCAGAAGAAGUAAGAGAAAUCAUCAAUUGUAAAGAGAACGAAACUAACAUUGACACUUUCGUGGAGUGUUUAACUGAUGCAGCAUUAGUGAAGAUGCAUUAUCUCCAUGCUGCCCUAACAGAGACUUUGAGGCUAUACCCUGUCGUCCCCACGGAUGGGAGGUGUGCAGAAACAGAUGAUGUUCUCCCAGAUGGUUUCAGACUAAAGAAAGGGGAUGGUGUGAACUACAUGGCUUAUGCCAUGGGCAGGAUGAAUUACAUAUGGGGAGAGGACGCCGAGGAAUUCCAACCAGAAAGAUGGCUCAACAAUGGAGUUUUCCAGCCUGAAUCACCAUUCAAAUUUGUGUCAUUUAAUGGCGGCCCUCGAAACUGUUUGGGGAAGGAAUUUGCUUAUCGACAGAUGAAGAUAGUUGUCAUGGUCCUUCUUCGCUUCUUUCGAUUUAGAUUAGCAGAUGAAAAGAAACAAGUAACAUACAAAACCAUGAUCACACUCCACAUCAAUGGUGGCCUCCAUCUUAAUGCAAUUCCUAGAAUUGGGUUUGGAAAAAUCUGAUUUAUGAAGGAACAAACUGUACAAAUAUGUUUGCCGGUGUCAAAAGUAAAUAAGGCAGUCUUUUGGUAUGUUAUCAAUUUCUGUUUCUCUGGCUUAUUUUUAUUUCUACAGUUGUUUGAUAUGAUUUCUACAACUUGUAUCUUGUAAAUAGAAAUCAAAAUAAAUAGAAAUAUAGAAAGUAACUGAUGAGCUCA